ACUUUAGAGACCUAUACACUAUACUCAGUAAACUGGACUAAGUCUUCUGUAGCACUUGUUACAUAUUUUAUUAUAUGAAUGUUAUAGCUUAAUGGUCAUGUCAUCGUUACGUGCAUUAUUUGUAAUUAGAAAUUGCAUUUCUAAGACUAAGUGUAAGAAUAACAUUGGGCCUACAUUACAAAGUGUAAGAUGUGCCUCAACUAAUCUCUUUGAACUGCCAGAGACUCAUGCCCUUUUAAAGAAAACAUGUAGAGACUUUGCAGAGAAUGAGCUUAUGCCUAUUGCUGGUCAACUUGAUAAAGAGCACAAGUUUCCUACUGAACAGAUAAAAAAACUUGGCCAAUUAGGUCUACUAUGUGUUGAUGUACCUGAGUCUGAAGGUGGGACUGGUCUGGACUACUUGGCUUAUGCCAUCGCUAUAGAAGAAAUCAGUCGAGGGUGUGCAUCUACUGGAGUUGUUCUCAGCGUUAAUAAUAGCUUAUACCUUGGUCCUAUUCUAAAAUAUGCUACACCCAAACAAAAAGAGAGCUUCCUAAAGCCUUUUUUAAAUGGAGAUAAAAUUGGAUGUUUUGCACUAAGUGAACCAGGAAAUGGUAGUGAUGCAGGGGCAGCUUCAACUGUGGCCCAGCUUAGUUCUGGCAAAUGGACACUUAAUGGGACAAAAGCUUGGAUAACAAAUGGUUAUGAAGCUUCUGCUGCUGUGGUUUUUGCAACAACAGACAAAAAACUCAAACACAAAGGUAUUAGUGCCUUCCUUGUCCCAAAGCCAACUGAUGGGUUGUCUUUGGGUAAGAAAGAAGAUAAACUAGGCAUAAGAGCCAGCUCUACUUGUUAUUUAAUAUUUGAAGAUUGCAGCAUCCCAGAGGAGAAUAUGCUGGGUAAACCUGGUAUGGGAUUUAAAAUAGCUAUGCAAACUUUAGAUGCAGGUAGAAUUGGCAUUGCUUCUCAAGCUCUAGGAAUUGCUCAAGCAUCUCUUGAUUGUGCUGUGGAUUAUGCUAUGAAAAGACAGUCUUUUGGAAUGCCAAUAGCUAAAAUGCAAACAAUCCAGAAUAAAAUAGCAGACAUGGAAGUACGUUUAGAGAGUGCACGUCUACUAACUUGGAAGGCAGCCAUGUUGAAAGAUGCAGGGAAAAACUUUACUAAAGAAGCAGCUAUGGCCAAACUGGCAGCUUCAGAGACAGCAACCUUUAAUGCUCAUAAUGCAAUUCAAAUACUGGGAGGUAUGGGUUAUGUGACUGACAUGCCAGCUGAAAGACAUUAUAGAGACGCUCGGAUCACCGAAAUUUACGAAGGGACCAGCGAGAUCCAGAGGAUUGUUAUUGCCACUAAUGUUUUUAAAGAGCACGGCUUUUAAACUGUUUUGUAACUGUAUAAGCCGAGAGGGAAACAAGUUUUGAGUUAACUAAUUCUCUUGCUAAAGCUCAAUACACCAAGUUCAAUAGAUUUGAUGGUCUUUCACUCAUCUGCCGGUGACAAAUGUAUGUCUGCUUAAUUGAUGUAUUUAAUAUUUAUUCUGUUUAUAAUGCAUAACCUAAAUGUUCAUAUUAAUACUUUCACUUACUUGAUAAUGUAAUUUUGUUACUGCAUAAACUAAUCAACAGUUGUAAUUUUAAAUGGCUAAUAAAAAUGUUUUUCUUUUGUAAAAAACAUGUACCUUUUGAAUGAUCUAGCAUCUUGUUUUGUGGUUGUAUCUUAUCAAUAAGAUUAAGUAACUGGGUUAAUCUGCUAUGUUUUAGACUAGUCUUUGG